UAAAUCUCUUUCCCAACGUUUCUCUCUCCCUUCAUUCUCGUAACCACCGAGCGACACCUCACCCACUCCGUUCCGUUCUCUCUCACUCGCUCUCGUCUCUUCCCGUUCUGUCAUUUCCACCAUCUCUAAAUGUGUCAAUCGGAGCCUGAUGCUUAGGAGACUGCUCUGUUUUCUCUCUCUAAGGUGCACGUUCGUCUUCACCGCCAAAAAGGCACAGAAAUCUUUUUCUUUUUUGGUGAAAAUUUGGCGCAGAGACAUACGCAAUUCUUGCGGAUCCAUACGGUAAAGCAAUGGCAUCGACUCUGAUGAUCUCGAACCCGGUAACGAACUCUGAUCGUUCGCGAAAGAAGAAGAAGAAGAAAACUCAAGCCAAGGAUCACCAUGAUCAGGACCAUAUCAAAUGGAAAUCCGAGGCUCAGCAACAAAUUUACUCCUCCAAGCUCCUCCAAGCUCUGAGCCAAGUCCGCCUCAGUAGCCCUCCUCCUUCUCUUCCUCCUCCAUCUUCUUCUACUUCUUCGGCUUCGGUCUCGGCACCGCCCCGGGGACGAGCCGUGCGCGAGGCGGCCGAUAGAGUCCUGGCAGUGGCUGCCAAGGGGAGGACGAGGUGGAGCCGAGCCAUUUUGACGAACCGGCUCAAGCUCAAGUUCCAGAAAAAGCACAAGAGGCAGAGAGUCGUUGCGACAGUGACCGGGACUAACCGGUCUUCGUUGUCGAGGAAGCCGAAGGUAAGUGUGUUGAGGCUGAAGGGUAAGGGUCUACCGGCCGUGCAAAAGAAAGUGCGGUUCCUUGGGCGGUUGGUCCCCGGUUGCAGGAAACAACCGUUGCCGGUUAUUCUAGAAGAAACUACAGAUUAUAUAGCGGCGCUUGAGAUGCAGAUUCGAGCCAUGACAGCCCUCGCCGAUAGGCUCUCCGGCGCCGGCUCUAGUUCGGCGCCGCCCAGUUGAUGAUGACACCUUUUGGCUAUUGCCGGGUGUCAUUUCAGUUUGGUUUUCAUCUCUCUUUUGUCUUUUUAUUUUUAUUCUGAAUCUCUUAUUAUCUGUUAAAUACAUGCUCCUUUCUAAUCCCAAGUAAAUACCAUCCCAAUUUCCAAUGAAGUCUGGACAAUAAUUUCAUUCCAUAGA